AGACAUACGAUAUUAUGCCGAUAAAUAUUCAUUCGAUAAAGAAUGCAACAUUAUUGGCUUUAUUGUAUGAACUAGUGUUACUCUCAUUGUCUCAGCAGUGAAGUUUUAAAUCUUUUAAGAAAUAUAAAAAACAAUCAUGAAUGAGAAGUUUGAUAAACUUGGAGAUCACGACAAUGGCAAUAGCAUGCAAAAAUCACGCAAAAAUGGGGAAACAACACAUAAAAAUGGAGUAGAAAAUGGAAAAUCAAAUUACAAAAAUCAUGAAGAGUUUGAGCAAACGCCUAUAUGGAUUGCUGUUAUGACAUAUAUUGCAUAUGCAAUAUUAAUUUUAUUCGGUUAUUUGCGUGACUUUAUGCGUUUUUACGGUUUGGAAAAGUCACGGGCGUAUAAAGAGAAAGGAAAUAAAGGUUUUGUGCCGUUAUAUUCAAGUUUUGAAAGUUUCUACACAAGAAACCUGUAUCGUCGUAUCCGAGAUUGUUGGAAUCGACCAAUUUGUAGUUCACCUGGGGCAGAGAUAGAGAUCAUUGAACGCCAGAGUGCAGAUAGCAACUGGACUUUUGAACAUACAGGUGAAACAAUUCGUGCACUCAACCUUGGUUCUUAUAACUAUCUUGGUUUUGCUGAGAAUUCUGGUCCUUGCACAGAUGACUCUGAGCAAGCUGUGAGAGAUUAUGGCCUUGCUGCAUGUAGCACCAGACACGAGUACGGCACACUUAAUAUUCAUGUUGAGCUAGAGCAUUUGGUUGCGCGUUUCAUUGGCAAAGAGGCGGCAAUGGUCUUUGGAAUGGGAUUUGCAACAAACUCAACAAAUCUUCCCACUCUAGUUGAUAAAAAAUGCCUUAUAGUCAGUGAUGAGCUCAAUCAUUCGUCCUUAGUACUUGGAGCUAGGCUUUCUGGUGCAAAGAUUAAAGUGUUCAAACAUAAUGACAUGGCUCAUCUUGAGGAGAUUCUCAGAAGCUCAGUGAUACAGGGUCAACCUCGUACACACAGACCAUGGAAGAAAAUUUUGAUUGUUGUGGAAGGAGUAUACAGCAUGGAGGGCUCAAUAGUGAAACUUCCAGAAGUGAUAGAGCUUAAGAAGAAGUACAAGGCAUAUCUUUAUCUUGACGAGGCUCAUAGUAUUGGUGCAAUGGGUCCACAUGGUAGAGGUGUAGCUGAUUAUUAUGGCAUUCAUCCAAAGGAUAUUGAUAUCAUGAUGGGUACAUUUACAAAGAGUUUUGGAUCAGCAGGUGGCUACAUUGCUGCCUCCGAGGAAAUCAUUCGUCAUAUUCGAUCAUCAUCUCAUAGUGCAGUUUAUGCAUGUUCAAUGUCACCUCCAGUGGCACAGCAAAUAAUCUCAUCAAUGAAGAUCAUCAUGGGUGAAGAUGGGACAGGCGAAGGGCAAAAAAGACUUCACACCUUAUCUGAGAAUAGCAAGUAUUUCCGACAAUCCUUAAAAAAAGCUGGUUUCAUUGUGUAUGGACACGACGACUCAGUAAUUGUUCCUGUUUUGAUUUUCCUUCCUGGAAAAAUAAGUGCCCUUAGUCGUGAGUUGUUGAAACGAGGAAUUGCAAGUGUUGUCGUAGGAUUUCCUGCUACUAGUAUUCUUGAGUCUCGUGCAAGGUUUUGUAUAUCUGCCGCUCAUACAAGGGAUCAAUUGGACAAGGCGGUUACUGCGAUGAUCGAAGUUGGUGAUUUGCUUGGUAUGAGAUAUUCUCGUAGGCAUUAAAAAUAAAGGCAGAAUUUCUGGUUGAAAUGCGAAAUGUGGUCUGAUGUGAAUUCAAAAUUUUUUUUGAGAAGGAUAAUUUAAUGCUGGAAAAUGCUAGGGUGAUUACAUUAAUGUACCAACGAACAAAUUUAAUUUGAUACUUUAAAUAUAGAUGUAAAUAAUAUCCAAAUGUAGACAAUUGGAAUAGGGAUCUGUAGUAAUGUUUCCAAAAUCAAAAAUCAAAGAUAUUAGUUUUACAUAGUGCAA